AUGGAUCUCACCCCUCCGCCCGGCUUAGAUCUCACUGAGUCACAUCAGUCUGAGUUGUAUGCAAAAUAUUCAGCUACUUAUAGUCUAGCGGUGAUUGCAGUGACACUACGCUUGGUCUGUCGACUCAGGAUUUCUAAAGCAAGGUUAUGGUGGGAUGACUAUAUCAUGUGUGUUGCAUUGGUAUUUGCCACAGGCAACUUUAUCGAUAUGAUAAUCUGGGUUCGACGAGGUGUCGGCACCCACAUCUAUUCCUUGGGGCAGACGGGGGUCUCGCACUUUUAUAUGAAUCUAUUCGUCUGCGAGAUCCUCUAUACUUUAUCUUUGUGCUUCACCAAAUACUCAAUCUUGCUCUUUUUCUGGCGCAUUUUUAGUCGCACCACCAUUCGCAUUCCGAUAUACAUAAUUGCAUCUGUGGUCACAGGCUGGGGACUUGGUGUAAUCCUAACGACGGUAUUGCAAUGUGUACCUAUCCAAGGACUAUGGGAUUACUCCGUCAAGGCCCAUUGUGGGGUGAACAUCACCGACUUUUUCAUCGGCAACGCCGUCCCGAAUAUCAUCACCGACUGGGCUCUGUUGAUUCUACCCCUACCAUACGUGUGGAAGAUUCAGCGAAAUGCACCUCAAAAAGUCGCGUUGUGUGGAGCUUUUGCAGUGGGAGGAUUCAUUUGCAUCAUCUCAAUCAUUCGGCUGGUGAUCAUGUUAGACUCAUACAAAACGCCUUCCGUCGACGUGACGUGGGUUUUUAUUGGUCCCUCCACCUGGACGGCUGUGGAGACCAAUAUUGGCAUUGUAUCUGGUCAGGCCCCUUUCUAUUCCUCGAUAAACCCUAUGAUACUAACUCAAUUCCAAGCUUGCCUCCCGUCCCUCGGACCCCUGGUGAGAUUAAUCACACGGAUGGCCGGUCGUAAGGAGACCACCGACGAUGACACGCAUAAGCUAUCCAGUUGGUAUGGACGCUCGUCGGCAUCGGCGAAGAGCGGUGAACAUUCCUACUAUGACGUCCACCCAGCUGGUAUAGAUGUGACGACAAGGGUGGAUGUGGAGAGUUACCAACGGCACAAAGACAACAUGUUUUAA